UGUAUAAAAGUGGAUACUUUCCAUAAUAAAUGAAAAUGGCCAAUUCUUUAAGAGGAGAAGUACUGAAUCUUUAUAAAAAUCUGCUGUAUCUUAGACGAGACUAUCCAAAAGGAACAGACUAUUUUAAAAGGUGUCUGAAGAAUGUUUUCCUUAAAAACAAAGAUGUGAAGAAUCCAGAGAUCAAAGAACUUAUUGGACGGGGCGAAUUUGUAAUGAAAGAGCUAGAAGCCUUAUACUUCUUUAGGAAAUAG